GUUUUAAAUGUUUGUAUGUGUGUGUAUAUAAAUAUAAAUUCUAGAGAGAGAAACAAAAAAAAGUCUAGAAAGAGAAACAAAAAACCAUCUCAUUUAAGCUCUACUUUUCUAGAGAGAGAAAGCUUUUCUUCAAGCUUAUCUCUCUCUGAUCUGAUCUAGUGGUGAUUAGGGUUGUGUUGUGAUAAUUAUAAGCGAAAACGGGGCGUUUAAGAUGUCGUCUCUCAGCAGAGAGCUUGUGUUCUUGAUUCUUCAGUUUCUUGAUGAAGAAAAGUUCAAAGAGACUGUUCACAAACUUGAGCAGGAAUCUGGGUUUUUCUUUAACAUGAAGUAUUUUGAGGAUGAGGUGCAUGGUGGUAAUUGGGAUGAGGUGGAGAAGUACCUUUCUGGUUUCACUAAAGUGGAUGAUAACCGAUACUCGAUGAAAAUCUUUUUUGAGAUUAGAAAGCAAAAGUACCUUGAGGCAUUGGAUAAGCAUGAUCGAUCCAAGGCAGUGGAUAUAUUGGUAAAGGACCUGAAAGUGUUUGCUACAUUCAAUGAGGAACUUUUUAAGGAAAUCACACAGUUAUUGACAUUGGAGAACUUCAGGGAGAAUGAGCAACUAUCUAAAUAUGGAGAUACGAAGUCAGCAAGAGCAAUUAUGUUGGUGGAGCUCAAGAAGCUUAUUGAAGCCAAUCCCCUGUUUCGUGAUAAAUUGCAGUUUCCUAACCUUAAAAAUUCAAGAUUGCGAACUCUCAUCAACCAAAGCUUGAAUUGGCAGCAUCAACUUUGUAAAAAUCCAAGGCCAAAUCCAGAUAUUAAAACUCUCUUUGUGGAUCAUUCAUGUGGGCAACCAAAUGGUGCUCGGGCUCCAUCACCUGCAAACAACCCAUUGCUGGGAUCCUUACCAAAAGCUGGAGGAUUUCCUCCUCUUGGUGCACACGGGCCAUUUCAGCCUACACCAGCACCAGUUCCAGCACCCCUCGCAGGCUGGAUGUCUAAUUCUUCUGCUGCAAAUCAUCCAGCAGUUUCUGGAGGCGGCAUUGGUCUUGGUGCUCCAUCAAUCUCAGCCGCUCUAAAGCAUCCAAGGACGCCUCCAACUAAUGCUGCAGUGGACUAUCCAUCUGGAGAUUCUGACCAUGUGGCAAAAAGAACAAGGCCUAUGGGAAUUUCUGACGAGGUAAAUUUGCCAGUUAACGUGUUGCCGGUGUCAUUUCCAGGACAUGGGCAUGGUCAGUCUUUUAAUGCACCGGAUGACUUGCCAAAGACUGUUGUGCGGACUUUGAAUCAGGGAUCAUCUCCAAUGAGCAUGGAUUUCCAUCCUCUUGAGCAAACUAUUCUUCUAGUUGGUACUAAUGUGGGGGAUGUUGCCCUAUGGGAAGUUGGUUCCAGGGAGCGACUAGUGUUAAGAAACUUUAAAGUUUGGGAUAUUAGUACUUGUUCGAUGCCUCUGCAGGCAGCUCUAGUCAAGGAUCCUGGCGUAUCUGUAAACCGUGUGAUUUGGAGUCCUGAUGGCUCAUUAUUUGGAGUUGCAUACUCAUUGCACAUUGUCCAAAUUUACUCUUACCAUAGGGGUGAUGAUGUCAGGCAGCACUUGGAGAUUGAUGCUCAUGUUGGUGGAGUAAAUGAUCUUGCUUUCUCCACUCCUAACAAACAACUUUGUGUAAUAACCUGUGGUGAUGACAAAACAAUCAAGGUAUGGGAUGCUGCUACUGGUACAAGACAGUAUACUUUUGAAGGUCAUGAAGCUCCUGUUUAUUCUGUCUGCCCUCACUAUAAGGAAAACAUUCAGUUCAUAUUUUCAACAGCCCUUGAUGGAAAGAUAAAAGCAUGGUUGUAUGACAACUUAGGAUCACGAGUUGAUUAUGAGGCUCCCGGUCGCUGGUGCACAACUAUGUCUUACAGUGCUGAUGGUACAAGGCUGUUUUCAUGCGGGACAAGUAAAGAUGGAGAGUCACAUAUUGUUGAAUGGAAUGAGAGUGAAGGCAAUGUAAAAAGGAGCUAUCAAGGUUUCCGCAAACGUUCUCUAGGUGUUGUGCAAUUUGAUACUACAAAGAACCGAUUUUUGGCUGCCGGUGAUGAUUUCUCUAUCAAGUUCUGGGAUAUGGACAAUGUUCAACUUUUGACAUCAAUUGAUGCUGAUGGAGGCCUUCCAGCUAGCCCGCGUAUCCGCUUCAACAAAGAUAGCAGCCUCUUGGCAGUUUCUGCCAAUGAUAACGGUAUUAAAAUAUUGUCAAAUUCAGAUGGUCAUAGGUUGUUACGGAAGUUUGAGAAUCUCUCUUAUGACGCCUCACGAGCAUCUGAAGCUGUUACAAAGCCUAUAAUUAACCCAAUAUCAGCGGCGGCAGCAGCUGCUGCUGCGGCAACCAGUGCUGGACUUCCUGACAGAAGUACGUCUGUGGUUACUCUGCCCGGCAUGAAUGGAGAUGCUAGGAACAUGGGAGAUGUAAAACCUAGAAUAAAUGAAGAAUCCAAUGAUAAAUCAAAGAUAUGGAAGCUUACUGAAAUCAGUGAAACAUCACAAUGUCGGUCAUUAAGGCUCCCUGAGAACGUGAGAGUAAACAAGAUAUCAAGGUUAAUUUAUACAAAUUCAGGCAAUGCCAUUUUGGCGUUAGCAUCAAAUGCAAUCCAUCUUCUUUGGAAAUGGCAACGAAGCGAACGUAAUUCAACUGGCAAGGCAACUGCCAAUGUAUCACCUCAAUUGUGGCAACCAUCAAGUGGCAUUCUGAUGACCAAUGAUAGUACUGACACUAACCCUGAAGAGUCUGUGCCAUGCUUUGCUUUGUCCAAAAAUGAUUCUUAUGUUAUGUCCGCAUCUGGAGGAAAGAUUUCCCUUUUCAAUAUGAUGACAUUUAAGACAAUGACAACUUUCAUGCCGGCACCACCUGCAGCAACAUUUCUUGCUUUUCAUCCUCAAGAUAAUAACAUUAUCGCUAUUGGCAUGGAUGAUUCCACAAUUCAGAUAUAUAAUGUUCGGGUAGAUGAGGUUAAGAGUAAGCUCAAAGGCCAUUCAAAAAGAGUUACUGGCCUUGCCUUCUCUCAUGUGUUGAAUGUGCUAGUUUCAUCAGGAGCAGAUGCUCAGCUUUGUGUAUGGAACUCUGAUGGAUGGGAAAAGCAGAAGACAAGAUUCUUACAGGUUCCACCUGGGAGGACAACAACAGGACAAUCAGAUACACGUGUACAGUUUCAUCAAGACCAGAUACAGUUUCUGGUUGUACAUGAGACACAGCUUGCUAUAUUUGAAGCAACAAAAUUAGAGUGUACAAAGCAGUGGGUCACGCGUGAAUCUUCUGCUCCAAUCUCUCAUGCAACGUUCUCAUGUGACAGUCAGCUUGUAUAUGCUAGCUUCUUAGAUGCAACAAUUUGUGUGUUCAGUGCCCAAAAUCUCAGAUUACGAUGUCGUAUCAAUCCUUCCUCAUACCUUUCUGCUAAUAUUAGUUCUAGUGUCCAUCCACUUGUGAUUGCUGCACAUCCACAAGAACCGAAUCAGUUUGCAUUGGGACUAUCUGAUGGUGGAGUUCAUGUCUUUGAACCCCCAGAGUCUGAAGGCAAAUGGGGUGUGCCUCCACCUGUUGAGAAUGGGUCAGCAAGCAGUGUUCCAGCUACUCCUGUUGGAGCUUCAGGUUCAGAUCAAGCCCAAAGAUGAUCUAACGACCGCCACAGCUCAAGUUCUUUUACAUGCUUGGCUUGCUGGCCCAUUCCUAAGUUAGUUGAGGUUGAUGAUAUGUAAUUUACUGAAGGAACAAGUUGCAGACGAUGUAGACUUAGCAUGUUUUGUUAGAUACUAUGUAAGGUAAAUGCUGUAGGAAUAUUAGUAGUGAAAUGCUUUUUGGCAUUGGAAAGAAAUCUCUGGAAGUUUAUUUUAUUAAUUUUUUGUUGCUUC